GCUUCAGGUAAGAUGCAGUGGAUAGCUUGGAACGUAAACGCGAGCCUUGGCCACCGACCUACCGUUCUGCGCACCUAGAUUUCGAUGGAGAACUUACUAUUUUCGGGUGAACCUUGAACAAACACCUUGUUCGCCAAGCCAAACAAGGCUUCUAGGCGCAAAGGCGCAUAUGAGCCGUUCAAAGCACCCUUUCAAGGCACUGCCAACUACCACCUGGGACUAUCAGCCUCAACACUCGCUAAGAUGGAUAGUCUUCGAAGUGAAGUGCCAAGUACAAAAUCUCGGCGCGGUAACCACAUUCCCACGCUGUGCUGGAGACAAUCUGAAAGACAUCGCCAAACAUGACAAUACCGCGGUCCUUCGUCCUCCUGAUAUCCUCGGUGUGUCUAUGGGCAGCGGCAGUUGUAGGAGCGGGGUCCGUGCCGCCGGCUAAUGCGGUCCCGUUCAAUAUACCCUUGGACAACCCAAUAUUACCACGGUAUCACCGGAAUCUCAAAAACCUCACCUUCCCCCACCCGUUGGACCACGAUUACCUUCAGAGACGGCAAAUGAUUAGCGAGGACAUCUCAGGGGGAUUGGAUCCGAUAUUCUCGUAUUACGGGACUGUGACCUUCGGGACGAGCUCGAGUCCGUCAACUGCACAGAAUUUCUCAUUGCUGUUUGAUACCGGGUCAUACCAGCUAUGGGUGCGAUCCACAAAAUGCACAGGGUGCAGUUCGUCCAUACCCAAAUUCAACGGUGUAAGGUCUUCCACGUAUACGGAUCUAAACGUCAAGGCACCCACGGCGUCGUAUGCUGAUGGCACCCAGACCAAUGGGACGUAUGCGAAGGAUAAAGUGACCAUCGCAGGUCUUUCCGUUUCCAACCUCAAAUUCAUGGAGGUGACAGCUACAAGUGAUACCAGCGGACUGCAAGGUAUUAUGGGAUGCAGCUACCCUCAACAGGGAUAUCCAACCACCUUCUUCCAAUCCCUGGUGUGGUCAAAAGGGAUCAGCAGUCCAUCUAUGGGUUACUACAUCGAUGCGCAAAGCACAAAAGGCGCCAUCACGAUGGGCGGAGUGGACACCAAUCGGUUUUCUGGAGCGCUGCAGUGGAUUCCUACCUUUGGGCUUGCGCGGGAUGGAUCGGGGGGGCUGCCGAAUAUGUGGUUUCAAGGGUUGACUAUCGGUGCCAAUUAUAAGAACUCGACGAGCACAUAUGCCGCCGCGUGGCCGGAGAAAUUCCUCUCGGUGUUUGACACGGGGACAUCAUACGGGAUUCUACCCAUCGAUCUCGCCGACGACCUGCACCAAUACCUACCGCAUGCGCAGCGGAUAGUCAACCAAAGGGACGGAAGCACCUACUAUUUCGUGGACAAGUCAUCGCUAUCACAAUGCGGGGACAUUACCCUCUCCUUCGUCGGCAGCGGCGGCCAGCCCGUCCACCUGACCAUCGGCCCAAACGACUACCUAAUCAACUCGCAAAACUACGGAAACAUGCUUCAAAGCGUAUUCAUCGGCAACGAUGAUAUCAAAACCCAAUUUUUCCCGGAGAUGCCACCCGUCUCGGCGAUUCUCGGCAACGGGUUCCUGAGAAAAUUCUACACCGUCUUCGACUGGGGAACAAACCGCACCGGGUUCGCCGACGCCGCGCGAGGGGUGGGUCUGAAGACUAACCUGACUGUGCUGGACUCGACGACCACGGGGGAGGGGACGGUCACGGAUACGUCGCCGUUUGCCGCGUAUUGGAAGAAUGCGCAGCAAACAUAUGUCGAUGAUACCCCCACGGCUGUUACCUAUGCGAAGAUGGCCCUGGCUGCAUCGCCGGCGCUGGUUAUGCUGGUGCCUGCGAUUAUUGUGGCGAAAUUUGCAAUUUUUUAGCACCUCCCGGAGUAGAGGUAGGACCUUUUGGUCGCUCGGUUGCAUCUGUGAUUGAUACCCCCCGCUGCGACUUUCUAGUCAUAGAACAGUAUUAGGUACUCAUAGGACCAGUUUUGGACAUGCAACUAUGUUGGACUGACGCAUGUUGAAUGGAUAAUCGGUUUUUUUGGGCUCGAAAGUCCGCACAACAGAAUACAACUGAUCCUAGGCCAUGGAAUAACCCGUCAG